AUGACUGUGUCGUUGGUAUCCUCCGCACUGCGGCGGUCCUCUACUCAUAUUCACACUGGCAUCAGAAGCUUCUCCUGCUCAACCGCGAGGGAUGCCUCAUGGGGCUUUAUUGGGCUUGGAGCCAUGGGCUAUUCCAUGGCAAAGAACCUUCGAGCCAAGAUCCCUGAAGCCGACACUCUGACCGUCUUCGAUGUCAAUAAGUCUUCGCUGGAGAAGUUUUCACAAGAAGCUGUCCCUUCAAAGGUCGUAGUGGCCGGAAGUCCACGAGAGGUCGUUGAGAAUGCUGACUACAUCGUGUCGGCUCUGCCAGAGCCACGGCAUGUCAAAUCCGUGUUCGAGGACGUCCUGGCUACCUCUCUCCCAAAGCCUCCCACUCAAAACACGAGAAUCUUCAUUGACUCUUCCACAAUCGACCCAACAACGUCGCGAGAAGUGGCAAAACUCGUCCAAGAGAAGGCUGGAGCCAAGUUUGUCGAUGCCCCCAUGUCAGGAGGCGUCGUGGGUGCUCGAGCAGGAACCCUGACUUUUAUGAUCGGAGCAGAGAAGGAGGAUGUCCCCACCAUCAGAGAGAUCUUGCUUCACAUGGGCAAGAAGGUUUGGCACAUGGGACCUCAAGGAACUGGGCUGAGCGGGAAGUUGGCCAACAACUAUGCUCUUGCAAUCAAUAACAUUGCAACAGCAGAGGCAAUGAACCUGGGCAUGAAAUGGGGAAUUGAGGGCAAGGCUCUAGCAGAUCUUAUCAAUUCUGCCACCGGUAAAUGUUGGCCUAGUGAGAUCAACAACCCGGUGCCGGGCGUGAUUGAGACUGCUCCUGCAAGCCGCGACUACGAAGGUGGCUUUGGAGUGAGCCUCAUGAACAAAGACCUUCGACUUGCCAUGACAGCUGCGUCUGAAGCUGGGGCUAAGCUUGUGCUUGCCGAGAAAGCCAAAGAAGUAUAUGAUGAGACUGAGAAGGCUCACAAAGGCAAGGACUUUUCAGUUGUUUAUAGAUGGUUAGGCGGCAAGGAAUAG